UUUUCCAUUCCCAAAGAAAUUUCUCUCUUACCAAUUUUCCUUUUUCCCUAAAAUUCUCGUACCCAACCUCGCGUGACCCACGCUUCUCUUUCUUCUUAUCUCUGCAAAUUUCUAUAUAAAUUUUCCCUCCUACACCCACUCACCCACCAACAUUGAGAUUCCGAUGGGCGGCAGCGGCAGAGGAGACAGCCACGGCGGCGGCUGUGGAAUUCGAAAUUCAUGGGGGAAAAUGGAGAGAGCUUUAAACGGUGCAAUUGCACGCAGCAUGGUGGGAAAAUAUUUCAAACUUGAAGCUCGAAAUACCUGUUUCACUAAGGAAUUACGAGCCGGUUUAGCCACUUUUCUUACAAUGGCUUAUAUCAUCACCGUUAACGCCAAUAUCCUCACCGAUUCCGGCGGCAUGUGUUCAAUGGCUGACUGCUCUGCACCAGCGAACGGAACCGCCGCGCCGGAUUGCAUGUUCAAGCCAAAUCCCGGCUACCAAAAUUGCCUUUCAAAAACCAAGAGCGAUCUCAUGGUCGGCACUAUUUUAUCGGCUAUGAUCGGUUCGUUCGCCAUGGGAGUUCUUGCCAAUCUUCCUUUAGGCCUCGCGCCUGCUAUGGGCCCAAAUGCUUAUUUAGCCUAUAAUUUAGUGGGCUUUCAUGGAUCCGGCCCAAUCAAAUACCAAACCGCGCUGGCUAUUUUCUUGGUUGAAGCUUGUGCGUUUAUUGCUGUUUCCGCGUUGGGGAUUCGUGCAAAGCUCGCGAAACUCAUACCUAAUUCUGUUCGGUACGCUUGCGCUGCUGGGAUUGGGCUCUUUAUAGCUUUUGUGGGCUUGCAAGCCCACCAAGGAUUGGGCUUAAUUGGGCCUGAUUCGGCUACAUUGGUUACACUCACCGCCUGUAGUCGUACAAAUCCAGAGACCGGAGAAUGUCUUGGAGGAAAAAUGCAAAGCCCAACGUUCUGGCUUGGUUCCAUUGGGUUUGUGAUAAUGGCUUAUGGGCUAAUGAAGGAUUUUAAAGGGAGUAUGAUAUACGGCAUCGUUUUUGUCACUUUUGUGUCUUGGUUUAGAGGCACGGCUGUGACGUAUUUCCCUCACAGCCCACUCGGUGACCAGAAGUACAAUUACUUCAAAAAAGUGGUGGACUUUCACAAAAUCGAAACCACGGCCGGUGUUGUUAGCUUCAACGGCUUCAACAGAACGGAAGUUUGGGUAGCCCUAGGAACGCUGUUUUACAUCGAUGUACUCGCGACGACGGGGACGCUUUUCACCAUGGCGGAAAUCGGCGGAUUUGUGAACGAAAGAGGAAAUUUCGAAGGUGAAUACAUGGCGUAUAUCGUCGAUGGUUGUUCGACUGUGGUGGCGGCGAUGCUUGGAGUUUCGCCGGUUGCGACGUACGUGGAAUCAUCGGCAGGGAUUAGAGAGGGAGGGAGGACGGGGAUUACGGCAGUGGUGGUGAGCUUUUGUUUUAUGAUGUCGUUGUUUUUCACGCCGUUGCUGUCGAGUGUGCCGCCGUGGGCGAUCGGACCGUCGUUGGUGAUGGUCGGAGUGAUGAUGAUGAAGGUGGUGAAAGAGGUAGACUGGGGAAACGUGAAGGAAUCGGCGCCGGCUUUUGUAACGAUGGUUUUGAUGCCGUUAACGUAUUCGAUAGCGAAUGGGAUUGUGGGUGGGAUUGGGGUGUACGUUGCGAUGAGUUUAUACGACAACGUUAUGAGGUUGAUGAAUUGGUUGAUGAAGAUGAGGAGGGUUGUGGCGAAAGAGCAAAAUCAGGUCUCGGCUAAUGUUGUCAAUACAGAGUUGACAUCUGUAGUUUAGAUUAUUUUAAAAGGUUUUUUAAUAUUUUAAAAAAUAGGGGUGGAGGAAUAUAAUGUGUUUGAUCUACUAACAAUGGGGGCGGGGACAAUCUUUUUUUCUUUUUUCUUUUUUUUUUUUCUGGGUGGGGGGUCUAACUUAAGUGGAAGUUGCAAGCCAUCCAUUGUAAUAGAUCAAACACUUUAAUUUUCUUGUAAUGUGUACUAAAAUGUUUUGUUUUGGAAAAUGUAUAAGAAAAAAAAUAUAUUUUCCGCAUUUUAUAUUCCUUUUCCUAACAAAAGGUGAUAUUUAAUGA